GAAUGAGGUUAGCCCGAAUAGAGAGGAUAGACAGCGUAUGGCAAAAGAGAGCAUAACCUCUCCUAGUUUCAAUUUUCCGGCGAACAUUGAAAUGCAAUAGCGGGCAGCUAUAGUGAAUGGUCGAUCUGUAAAAUGCCAAAAUACAGUAGUAGUCGGCACUAGUGAUGAAAUAAUAUCAAGGAAAUACAGAUUUGUGUUGAGAAAUGGCAGCCCUGGCUUACCAUAUAUUCUCUUCUUCAGCACUUUUAUCCCUGGGGUUCUACCAUCUCAGCUGCGUCACCAGAAACCAUCUCAAGUCCCCACGGGAUUACGUAGCUAAACCCUACCAUCCUCUCCCUUUCUCUUCUUCGUCAAAUCGUCUGCUCAAGUAUCUCCAGCUCUAUUUGAUCAUCCUCUGUCUUUUCAUUGCCUUGGUCAACCAGCUCCUCGUCUCCUCCGACGCCGAUCCCCUCUUAAAGGGUCGGACCCCUGUUCACCGCUUCACCUCCCUCCAGGACGCCGCCGUUAUCUUCUGCUUUCUCAUUCUCUCUAUUGCCCUCCUCCUCUCCGAUGCCACCUCCCUUCUCCCUCUUCCGCCAGAUCUCUUCUUUGCCAUUGCAUCCGUUAUCUUCCUCCUCCAGUAUUCUGUCUCCUCCGCCUCAGCCGCAGUCCAGACCUCCGAUCUCCAGGCCAAGUGCGACUCCGUGGCCGCCUGCAUAUUUGCCCUUUCCUCCGCUCUGUGUCUUGUUCUUGCCUUCCAGCCCAGGCUGUUCGUCUUUGAUGCCGCCCUGGGGGCAUCCCUUUGCCUGCAGGGACUGUGGGCCCUACAGACUGGCCUCUCCCUCUACGUUGACGCCUUCAUUCCCGAGGGCUGCCACAAGCUUCUCGACGUCGGCAGCGGAGUAGAGGGCUCAACCAAGUGCGAUUUGGAAGAUUCCAAGCUUAGGGCGGUGGCGAUUCUGGAUCUGGUGUUUGUGCUCCACGUGCUCCUUGUGCUCCUCAUCUUCAUGGCGGUGUAUGCUGCCGUUGCCAGGACCGUUGGCAUCCACAACAGAUUCGGUUCUUACGAAACCUUGCCCACUGCUGCUGCUGAUUCUAGCCACAUUCAAAUGAAGGCCAUGACCGGCACUCAGUCAUAAACUUCUUUCUCCAUUCGUUCUCCUUGUCAAGAUUUAGGUUCGACCUUUUGCGUUGUCAUAAGUUGGCAUGAAAUUUCCUGUGAGUUAUCAAUUCUAGAUCAUGUGAAAUUUGAUGAAUCUAGACUUGACUCCAAAACAUAUCAUCGAGAAUUGAAUUUAAAGUUAUGCUAAUAAUUUUUAUUGAAAUUGAAUCUCAUGCACCCUUCUACUUGCAUUCAAACCCAAGAUCCCCAGGAGGGUGUGCAUCCCACCUCUACACAAGGAAGAGGGUUGAUCAAUUUCGAUUUGGCAGGGAAGUUGUUAAUGUGGUAACAACUGUUGCUGUGUUGCACGAAUCAUAUUAUUAUAGUUGUGCAAGAGUGUAAGCUUCAUCUAUACAAGUUUUUCUUUAGAAUA